GCCCUGGAUUGUGUCAGUUUAACAAGAUUACCGCGUUGAAGCAUCCAGCCAGUGGUCAGCCUCGCACGUGACAGUGUCCCAGCGCAGCAGCCUUGUCGCUCGCAGUCGUCUUAUGGUUGGUGAUGUGAGGCUACGCCAGCGGCAGCAGAGAGUCCCCGAAUUCCUCGCGAGCGAGAUCAGACCUCCUGUUGGGCACCGGCGAGCGAGGCAAGGGACCAAUUGCGGCCCAAGGCCGGUCGGAGAAUUCCACAGCACGUCCAGGUUACACAAUCUGGAUCCCAAGUUGGCGCCCUACUUUUGGGAAGUGCCGAGAAUCCUGCUCCCCUAUGGCCUGGCAGAAAACCCAAGGACAUGAAUACUGCCGACAUUGGGCAGCCGCUGGUGGUGUUGCUGGACAUGGUGCAGGAAGGCAGUAGCCCCGAGCCGUGCCGAAUUCUGCUGCGACGCGAGGACGCGGCAGAGCCAUUCCAUCGUGCUUGGUUUAGCAAGGAUGCUGGGAGUGGCCUGGACCACGACCGCCCUCGCAAUGGCUCCGUCACUCCUCACAAGCCCACAGGCCAUCGACGAGCAGCAGCUCGCCAAUUGAGCCAGAACAAAUCAGAGAGAAGGAAAGACUGGCUUCAUGCGAGAGCUGCAGGAUCGGAAGUACCUAGAUACUUAGGUACAUAAGUGGUGUUGGCGGGAUCAGAUGUACUCGCAAGUGAGAGUCGGGACCAUGGAAGUACAUGAAUGAGUGGCGCCCUGUUUUGCAUCCGGCCGCAACAUCAACGAAAGGCUUCCCUGUACCGAGUAGAGUUGAAGCAGGCCGAGAGGGAUCUGUGGUUGGAAGAUGGUGGUGCAAUUGGGCGGCAGCAUCGGCGGCGGCAUUGGAAUUCCCUCUCGGUAUUCGUCCUCGAAAGAAAGGCCUUCCCAUCCUUGCCAUCCUUGCCCACCAUGAGGAUGGACCCCGUCUCCAGCGACUCUCAGGUGUCAUUUUUGCCGUGAACAUCUUCCACGGGAGUCUAUUGUCCAUCACCGUGUCAGCGUGUGGGAGUUGUCCAACUGCCUGUUACCCUCUCAACGCCAUUUUCAUGUGGUCUAGAACCCUCGGUGACCAUGGGUCCAAUGGUACUCGGUACAUACCUACGUCCUGGUGAAUCUUCAGACGGACCUCACGACAGGGGUUUAGAAGCGCUCGCAGUCUGAUACCCAGGUACCCGCUGACAGGAAGCGCAGGCAUCCCUCCAUCCCUCUCCAUGCAAGCCACACCGCUAGUCGUCACAUAUGAGCACGCUCAUUCUGACCCAAUCAACCUUGUCCAGCUGUUUCCCCAUUCAUGCCACGAAACCACUGGGACUGCAACUCCACAAGCCCACAAGAAGCCUCACUCAGUGAAAGGCGGGACUACUGCAGAGAGCCAAUUCCGGGCAUACUAGCAAGCCUCGUCGCGAACCUGCAGCCUUGGAGAGGAAUUCGCACAAGGUGUACACUUGGCAGCACGCACAACAGGGUGCCAGUGCCAGGCCGAACCUCUCUCUGCACUCUCGUCCCGCCGUCGAAGCGCUCCGAGAACCUAUCCUGUGGCCGAUCCACCAAUUACAACCUUACGACGUGCACGCCGACGCUAAGUCGUGUAAAGUGCAGAUAUCCUCGCCUCAACAAGAGAAGAUGGUGUGUAGCCCGCAGGACGGCGCAUGAACUAUGUCGUCCUAACAGCCUCAGGGAGGGCAAAGGAAACGAGAAUGGGUGCUCGAUGGCGAGAGAACACGAACCAGAGGGAAGGGAUUCUGUGGGAAACCCUUGCAUUAUGCUGUCCUACCCCAGCCGGCAUAGCACGAGCUCGAACAUGUGGUUGACUUGUCACGUCUCCGUGACACAAGCAGCCAAGCCAUCCACGCCUUGACCCGGUCAGAGAGAUAGCCACGCUCGAACGCCACCGAACCACAAUGUUACACAGCAUGAACACCGCCCUUUCGCAUGGGACGUCGUGCAACAAUUCAAGCUAUCGACGCCUCUGUUACACAGCAGCUGCAGCUCCUGCAUGAACGCAAGAGAAUACGAGUCUUGGGGGAUGCAGCCUUGGAAAUGGUUUCCAUGUCAAGAAGAUCGGCAGACGACAAUAAACGAGUCAUCAUUGGGAUAAUGGGCAAGUGUAUACGGUUUCUGCUGCUUGUGGACCUCCAGUCGAUGAGUGACACUGAAGAGGAAUUGGGCUGGCUGUCGGCAGGAGCAGGAACAGAGCAGGGAAAGAAACCACGACUGUCUGCCUGAAGAAAGCCUUGCAGAUCCAGUCUCUGCCGGUGUCACACGACCUUGGAUGCACAAGCCAAGAGGCAGACGAGCGGAGAGGAACACAACAGAAAAGUUGGUAAAGAAAAGGUACGUCCGGCGUGUCGAUGGUGAAGUGACUUUUUUAUGCUGCUCAGUCCCAAGCGUCCGCUCCUUCACGAUCCAGCGCCGUCGCCACGGCCGCCAGUUCAGAUCGUCAGUGCGUGGAACCCACUGGCAAACGCGGGUGGAAGACUGAUCCCCUAGGGCUGGGUAUUUCACCCAACCCCACAUUAGAGAAGUGGACGAGAACAAGCCAACGCGACACAAGAACACAGCAGGAAGAGGAGGAACAACACCACACCAACCAAGACCAGAAAGCAAGGGGCUCCAAAUGAAUCCAACACCGACAAAAGGGCUUCGGGAGGAAAUCGAUCAGGGCCAAGUGGUCUUCGGUCCACGGCGGUAUUGCCGUCCGGAUAGACUUUCGGGGGUCCCUGGGUCUGGAUUCCGAGCCCACGGGAUCGUUUGAGAGAUUGAGCCGUGACGGCACCAACGGGGUGUGGGACUGACUGAGAAAAAGGCCGGGGCCACCAGAGAGCAACGACAGCAAUGCCCUCCGCCGCCUCCUCCUCCUCCUCCUCCUCCUUGGGCCACGAAAUCCUCAAACAGUUCUACCGUCACCUGUUAUUACUCACGGCAGGGAAUAGAGCGGAAAACGAAAAGUCAAGCCGCAAAAAAGGAGCAGGCAGGCUGUCAGUCACUCGGUGCAGGAAACAAAUUCAAUUUCAGUAUUAGCCGCCCAGUCUGAGAGAAAACUUGAGAGAUCUGUCUGUCAUUCGUCACGCUGUCCGUCAUGUCAUGUCCGUCGCUCAACCCACAAAUUUCCAGCUCGCUGUGUGCAGAAAAAAAG